AUGUCGAAUACCAACCGAAGAAAGUACUCUACUGGUAACGAUGAAGAAAAGAUGAGACGGUCAUCAGGUCUUUCAAACCAUCCAAAUAUAAGAUCAGACGCAUACCCACUGGUAGAAACCGAAAUUAUGCAACAGGAAAUGAACUAUACAAAUUUGGCAUACACAGAAGAUUAUAGAGAAGAUUUUGAGGAGCAAAAUGACUCAAAGACUGUUUAUUCAGAUGCUCUAUCAUUUUUAUCAGCUAGGACCCAUGGUGCUAGUAAGGAUAUACCAAUAAGUGAUAUCGAAGAUGAUCAACAAUCUUCCCAAUCAGAACUGGACCUGUCUCGCACAACAACUGAUGUCAGAAGUGUAGCUGCCUCAUUGUCUAAUAAGAUGGCGUCGCUAAGUAGGAGCAAAACUACGCUUUUUUCUAAAAGAUUAAAAGACGAAAGAAAAAAGGUAAUUCUCGAGUUUUGUUUCAUCAACUUGACCUUUGCCUGCGUUAUUUUUAUUUUAUUUUCUAUAUUUUGGGGCAAUGUAUACAAAUCAGAUUCUCAUUUUGAUAAGGUCAACUACUUAGCGGUCAUUCAAGAUGAUAUCGUCGACCAAUCCAUCAUUCCAGUCAUUCCAAUGACCGACAUAAUUCCAUCUUUAAUUUCUAAGAUUCCAGGAAACUGGCAUAUUUACAAUACCUCAACUUUCAGCGAAAAGUUUCAUGUUAAUACAACUGAAGAAAUAAACGUAAGGAUAACGGACCUAAUUUAUCAGGAGAAAUACUUUGUCUCCCUUAAUGUGCAGCCAAAUGUGACACUGCAAUUGUAUAAGGCUCUCUUUGAAAACAGUUCAGACACAUUUUUACCAAGUGCCUAUUUCGAGGCAAUUUAUGAAUCUGGUAGAGAUCCUGUGAAUCUCAAAAAGUGGAUUUUAACACACGUACAAACGCUGGAAUCAGAUUUUGGAACUUACUAUACUUCUACAUACUUUCCACAGUUUCUAGCAAACAUUACAUCUAUAGCAGAUAAUUCACUUAAUAUAACAAGAGUUCCUGAAGCGGGACAAAUGACGUUCACCUUCACAGAUUAUCGGAAAUUCUAUGCGAUAAUCUUAUUCUGCACUACCCAAUUCGGACCUGUUUACACUUUAGUAUUAACUGCCUUCCAGUUCUUUAUUUUUGGACCCGCCCAUGCAGAAAUGGCAAGGGUUUUGCAGCCAAGAUACAUGUUUGUCUACAGGUUUUGCAUAACUGCAUUGAAUUGUAUGGUUUUGUCACUAUUCAUUUGCACCGUUUCGGCUAUUUAUCAAGUUGAUUUUACUCUUGCCUUUGGUAGAGCAGGGUUCAUCAUUUAUUGGAUGUCAAAUUGGUUGUACAUGUUUUCAUGUGCAGGUGCAACCGAAAAUGUUGUUAGUCUGAUUUUGUUAGUCAGACCGCCUUUUAUUCCUAUAUGGAUGAUAACCUUCAUUAUUUUAAACCUGGGACCAUCCUAUUUUACAAUGGCUUUGGACAGUAAUUUCUAUCGUUACGGUUAUGCUAUGCCGUUGCAUAAUAUUAUUGAUAUUUUGAGAGUGAUAUUUUUCAAUACUUCAAGACAUAAGAUGGGAAGAAACUACGGUAUUCUAGUUGCCUGGAUUGUUAUAAAUACCACAUUAUGUCCAUUUAUAAUAAAAUUUGUGGGUAAGACAUUGCGUUCAAGGGAAAUGGCAGCAGCAAAAGCCGUCAAAGAUGGUACUAAAUAA